GUCCGUCAAAGACAGGUCUAUAUAAAGACCAUUGUUAGUUGUAUUCAAGGCACAGCGCUGGUGCUAACGAGUCAAUAGUCUCAUAUCCCCACUCUCUGAAUCUAUAGCUUGUAGUGACAAUGGCGUACAAGGUGUUUGGCAAUCCCAUCACAGAGGAAACUUUGAAGGGAAUGCCAGAAUACGCGAACAAGUCAAUAAUAACACACGUCGACAAAGCACAUGUGGCUUUCAAUAUGAAAAGCACUGUUGAAGCUCAAGUUCGCGAAUAUAUGGAGAACUUGCAAAAGAUAUUGCCUGGUGAUAGAGUCCACACAUUUUGCAAGAUUUACAAUGCUACUGGGGCCACUGUAACAUUUUAUACCAAACGUGAUUAUGCUGGGAAAUUAGCUGCCGGAAGUGUAUACCCAGUAAAAAUAAAAAAUGGCCAGUGCGGUGUGUUUGUGCACGAGGGAACCAAAGAAAUAUGUACUGAAAAGUGUACUGGAGAGUGUACUGGAUCGUGUGGAGCUGUUGUGUAUUCGGGGAGGAACAAAGAUAAGGAAGUUUGUGACUGGAUGAUGUCUUGGUCCAACAGAAUCUGUGAUCCGUACAAUAAGGUUUAUACUGAGAUUGAUGAACAUGGUCACUAUCCGCCAAACCCCGCAGACCCGGUUUGGUUUGAGAUCCAUGCAAAAUUGCACCUGUCUGGUAGCACCAGUAAGUAUAUAUGGAAUGGUUGUGAAUCAUAUAUGAUAUCCACUCGUAUUAGCAAGUCCAUUGUAAGUGUUGAUGCAUUAAUGGUGGUAAAAUGAACAUGCCAUCCUCCGAGUAUGAGCCAGUCAUGCAUGAUGAUAUAGAAAUGAUGUCUUGUGGAGUAUUGAUGGUACUAUGUAAUAAAUAAAUAAUUUACCAUCUGAGAAGGUUUGCUUUUAAAUUAGUGAUAGUAGAAUAAUGUAAUUCUAAAUAAUCUUAUCAUCAUGACUGUGACUAUAUGUAAUGUUGUAUUAUGUAAAUUCUAUCAAGUGUGGAAGGUUUCCCUUUCCCAGCUGAUUAUAAAUAAAUAAUGUUGUCAUUGUGUGUUGAAAUGAAA